CUUUUCUUGUGUCUCAUUUCAGGUCCCAGCAGCGGGGGUCCCCCUCAGCCCGUGAGCGGCCAUGUCCACCCCUAGUGCCCCACCUCCGUAUGAGGAUCGCAACCCCCUGUACCCUGGCCCCCCUCCCCCGGGGGGCUACGGGCAGCCCGGCGGGUACCCUCCCUACCCUCAGCCUGGCUACCCUCCCUACCCUCAGCCUGGCUACGGUCACCCUGCUGGCUACCCACAGCCCGUGCCCCCUGUCCACCCGACGGCCAUGAACUACGGUGGGGGCUACGACAGGGAGGAGAGAGCAGUGAGUGACAGCUUUGGGGCCGGAGAGUGGGAUGACAGGAAAGUCCGACACACCUUCAUCCGAAAGGUUUACACCAUCAUCUCCAUCCAGCUGCUCAUCACGGUGGCCAUCAUUGCUGUCUUCACCUUUGUGAGUCCGGUCAGCGAGUUCGUGAAGAGAAACCUGUUUGUCUACUACAUAUCCUAUGCUGUCUUUUUGGUCACCUACCUGACCCUUGCCUGCUGCCAGGGACCCAGACGCCGUUUCCCAUGGAACCUUAUCCUGUUGACUAUCUUUACUUUGGCCUUGGGCUUCAUGACAGGCACCAUCUCCAGUGUGUAUGAAACCAAAGCUGUCAUCAUCGCCAUGAUCAUCACUGCCGUGGUGUCCAUUUCAGUCACCAUCUUCUGCUUUCAGACCAAGGUGGACUUCACUUCGUGCACAGGCCUCUUCUGUGUCCUGGGGAUUGUGCUCAUGGUGACUGGGAUUGUCACUGCCAUCGUGCUGUCCUUCAAAUAUAUUUACUGGCUCCACAUGGUCUAUGCUGCUCUGGGGGCCAUUUGCUUCACCUUGUUCCUGGCUUACGACACGCAGCUGGUCCUGGGGAACCGGCGCCACACCAUCAGCCCGGAGGACUACAUCACCGGCGCCCUGCAGAUCUACACGGACAUCGUCUACAUCUUCACCUUUGUGCUGCAGCUGGUGGGGGAUCGCAAUUAAGGAGGACCCCCUGUUCCACCCCACCUUGGGCUUUCCCUUCCCUAGAGGGCUGGGCCCCGUGCCCGGGGUGUGGGCCUCAGACCCCCUUCCUUCCCCUCAAGUCAUACGCCCAGUUUCCUUUCUGUCCUGGGAUGGGUGGCCUCUCUGGCUGUGGAUGUGUAGAUACCUGCUGGGGCUGGAGGAACUGGGGGCUAAGUUUUGCCCUCGGUGGACUCAGCAGGGACUAGGCUGAAGAUGUGCCUCCUCCCUCCACCCACUAUGUGGCACCAAAUUCUUCUUAGCAGCUGGGGUUGGAAGGGGAGGGAUAAAAAAGAGCCUGUUCUGUAGCUAACAGGGAAUAUGAGAGGUAGAAGUGACAUCAAGGUGAUGAGGUGGCCUCUCCCACCUCUGCCCCAGGCUCUGGGCUUUGCAGCUGGAGCUGUUUCCUCCCAACAAAGCCAGAGUGCUUUGUCCCCAGCCUCCUGGACUCAUAGGCCAUUAUCCUGCACUGCUUUGGCAAGCCUUGGCACCUUCCAGCUCAGGAAGGUAGAAGAGAUCUGUGCCCAGGGGUCCCCCGCUUCAACCCCUCUUUCGACUGCAUGUAUAUACUGUUUAUCUGGGUUAGGGGCGGGGGAGGAAGAGGAGAGCGAGCAGAGUCAAGCAUGGGGGCCAAUACAGAGCUGCAUCUACCCUGGGCUUCCUCAUGGCUCGUGGGGAUGAUGAAGAGAGCAGGCCGUUUGCAGCCCCAGGGCCCCAUUCUUCAGAGCUGCCUGGGGCCUCCCUGGUGCUUCGGAGGUCUCUGCUUGAGGGGCUUCUUGCUUCCUGGGCUCAGGCUACUCAGAGCAGAAAGUGAGGGGCACAGGUUAGGAGAUGGGGUGGUCUGUAGGAUCCUAAGUGUGGCCAGGAAGUAACCAGGGUGAGGAGAGACUGGGGUGGGGGCAGAGAAAAUGCCUUGGGGUCCCCCACCCAGUCUGAGGGAUAUGGAAGCCUACUGUGGCGGCCAUAGAAACUUUCGUGUUCUUUACUUCUGCUAACCCAGGGAGGGCCCUGAGAGGAAGGACACCUCCCCUCUCAGUCUGUUCUUAACGCGCGCUGGGGGAUGGUAGCCCUCUCUCUCCAGCCAGCUACUGCUUUCUUUGUGACACCAAGUGCCUGACGCUGGAAUGGGGAGGGGGCGAGGGUCACUCUGUCGGGUGGGGGUGGAAACCAGAUCAGCCCACGGGUAUAAUUAGGACUUCUCUAGUAAGGACUUGGUCCUAAAUAUAUCACACAAAGGACAUAACUAGAAAUGUAAUAAAGUUUUAUGUUUAGAAGUUAAAA